AUGGCAAGCCCAUCUAAUGCGAGCGUCGAGGUGAUUAAUGAAGAAGCCAAAUACGAUCUCAGUUCUAUCCUGCGCUCAGCAGACAGGGAUUACCUUAUUCGCAACAAUGGUGACCAGGUUAAAAUUAAUAAAUUGAAGGGGAAAACAGUUGGGCUGUAUUUCUCCGCAUCAUGGUGCGGGCCAUGCCAGGGGUUCACCCCAAAUUUAGUCGAGGCCUACAAUGAACUCAAACAAGCUGACAAAUUUGAGGUCAUCUUCAUAUCUGCCAACCAAGAUGACGAGUCAUUUAACUCUUAUUUCUCUAAAAUGCCCUGGCUUGCAGUCCCGUUUUCCGAUACAAAGACACGUGAAAAACUGGACGAGACGUUUAGUGUCGAUGGGAUACCUCAUCUCGUGUUUUUGGAUGACAGUGGGAAAUUAUUGUCUGAGGAAGGUGUACGAAUAAUUCAAGAAUACGGUUCAGAAGGGUACCCUUUUAACUCCGAAAAGAUCGAGCAGCUCAAAUUACAAGAAUUUGAAGCUAGGAAGAACCAAUCACUUAAGUCAUUGCUUGCAUACGGGUCGAGAGACUAUGUGAUUAAAUCUGAUGGGGAGAAGGUUCGAAUUCCUGAGCUGGAAGGCAAAACUAUCGGCUUGUACUUCAUAUUGUCCACUUACAAAAGUUGCUUAUCUUUCAACCAGAAGCUAGUCGAAACUUAUGAGGGCUUGAAAAAAGUUGGUGAGAACUAUGAAAUUGUGAUGGUACCCCUCGAUAAUGAUGAGCAAUCUUUCAUGCAACUUUUCAAUCAACUGCCUUGGCUUUCGUUGCCCAUGAAUGACAAAUGUCGUUCGAAGCUCGUCCGACAUUUCGAGCUCGAUGAGCUCCCGACAGUUGUCGCAAUUGGGCCGGAUGGGAAAACUGUCCAUCCGAACGUGGCUGAUGCUAUCGAGGAACACGGACUGAAAGCUUUCCCUUUCACGCCCGAGAAAUUUGCCGAGCUUGAAGAGAUUGAAAGGGUAAAAAUGGAAGCACAGACACUGGAGUCCAUUUUGGUUUCGGGCGGUCUCGAUUUUGUGAUUGGAAAAGAUGGGGUCAAGAUUCCGGUCUCGGAUCUCAUCGGCAAAACCGUACUCCUCUACUUCUCGGCCCACUGGUGCCCCCCGUGCCGUGCCUUCCUCCCAAAACUCAUCCAAACCUACCAAGACCUAAUGUCGAACAAAAGCCCGCUCGAGAUUGUCUUCUUCUCGAGCGAUCGGGACCAAGCCUCGUUCGACGAAUACUUCUCUUCCAUGCCGUGGCCCGCAAUCCCGUUUGGCGACCCGCGAAAGGAGUCUCUCAGCCGCUACUUUAGAGUCCGAGGCAUCCCUACAUUGGUCGCAAUCGGGCCGGAUGGAAAAACCGUCUCGACUGAGGCCCGCGGGCUUAUAAUGGUCCACGGGUCGAAAGCUUAUCCCUUUACGGACGAGCGGGUGAAGGAGAUAGAGCAAGAGUACGAGAAGAUGGCAGAGGAAGGAGGGUGGCCCGAGAAAAUCGAGCCCGGAAGGGGACUUCACGAUCACGAUCUUGUUCUUAGCAAGCGUUUGGAGUUCAACUGCGACGGGUGUGGAGAGGAAGGGCGCGUUUGGUCGUAUUAUUGCGAGGAAUGUGAUUUCGAUCUUCACCCAAAGUGUGGGGCUAUGGAGAAGAAGAAUGGUGGUGGUGAAGCGUGGACUGUUCCCAGCUAUGAUGUGGCUGGCAUUGUAGUUAAAGUAGGGAGCAAUGUGAAGGAAUUUAAAGAAGGAGACGAAGUUUAUGGUGACAUUAUCAAGAAGGCAAUUGCCGAGCCGAAACAGCUCGGCUCCUUAGCCGAGUACACAACUGCUCAAGAGAAGCUUUUAGCUCAUAAGCCCAAGAAUCUCGAUUUUGUGCCAGCCGCUGCCUUGCCUCUUGCCCUUGAGACAGCUUAUGAAGAGCUCGAAAAGUACGGUUUUUCUAAGGGCAAAUCAUUACCUUUUCUCGGUGGAGCUGGUGGUGUUGGGUCAUUCAUCAUUCGGUGCGUCUAA